AUGGCGGUGCGGCUGAGCUGUCUGCUAGUUUUCGUAUCGCUUGUCGUUGUGUUCGUAGCGUGUGACUGUGCUACGGGUCCUAGAGCUCGAGAGGUCCGGCGCGGAGUCCUCUCCGAUUCCAAUAAGUUCCUGCGGAGUGAAAACAAUCCCUCUAGGCAACUGGCUACAGCUUCACGUAAUGACGAGGAGAGAAUGGCAGUGAGGGAAGCAUUUAUGUGGUUCUGGAACGCUGUGAAGAUUCGAGUCAAGAUGAAGUUUUGGCUUUUCCGUGGGAAAACACCGGAAGAAGUUUUAAAAAAACUUAAGGUGACGAAUACCGCCGACAAAAAUCACAAGUAUUAUUCCAAGUACUUCUUCAGAUACUAUGUUAAGUAUCCUGGAAGACAGCCGCCAAAUCUGCCCACAAGGGUUGCUGAUGGAAUUAUGCAGGCGCGGUUACGUGAUUGGUUGGAGAAAAAACUCUCACCACCGCAAGUUUUUAAGGAAAUGGGCUUUACUGGGACGUUUGCAUCGGCACGUGGUGAUCCCCAGUUCAAGUUCUUCAAGGACUAUUCCAAGAUGUGGAGUAAUCUGCAAGUUAGACUCGUAAAGGAGUCUGAUGAAGCCAUGAAGACACGACUGGAUACGUGGCUGGAGAAGCAACUUACUCCCCCUCAAGUAUUUAAGAAGCUGGGCCUAACAGGAUCGUUUGAGUCGUCGCGUGACCAUCCCGACUACAAGUACUUCGAGCAAUAUUCCAAAAUGUGGAGUAAUCUCCAAGUGCGAGUCUCGCAGGCAAAAAGACCUGCAAAGUCAGCAGAGGAUAUUAUGAUUGAUAAAUUGUAUUACUGGCUGAAGAAAGAGCUCACACCACCGCAAGUUUUCAAGAAGAUGGGCUUUACUGGGACGUUUGCUUCCGCGAGCGGGGAUCCCAAGUACAAAUACUUUGUGCUUUAUAAUAAAAUGUGGAAUGCUGCUCAAGCAGGAUCGAUUCACUAA